ACACGAGUGCUCUUGAGUUAUCAUUCUAUCUUUGUUUCACAUAGAACGAACAAUAAGGAUAGAAUGAUACCCGAGAGCACUCGGGUGACGUUUCCGAACGCAGCCCUACAUGUGUAUUUUUAUACUGUUCUGCAAGAUUUAUCACGAAUAUUACGAUUGCAUAAAGAUUAUCAAAAUAUAAUUAUAAGCUAGAGAUUAAUAGUACUUCCACUUGGGUGAAGAAGAAGAAGAUGAUGAUCGUGCAGGAGCCCGUACAGGCGGCCAUAUGGCAUUCUUUGGACCAUUAUGAUUAUCAGGAUGCUAUAUUCCUGGCAGAACGGUUAUAUGCAGAAGUGGACACAGAGGAAAAUUUGUUCCUUCUGGCAACAUGUUAUUAUCGCUCUAGCAGGAUUAGGCAAGCUUAUGCUUUAUUAUCCCAGAAGGCGCCUAGUUCGGCACAAUGUAAAUUUUUAUUAAUAAAAUGUUGUUACGAUUUGGAAAAAUAUGUGGAAGCAGAGGCAGUAGUAGUCGGCAAAUAUUACAAACAAUUAAAUUUAGAAGACAUUACGACCCAAUUUGGAGAACAGGCGUGUUUUUUCCUGCAGAUAAUAGCCAAGAUCUACUACAAGAUGAUGCAGACCACGAGAGGCAAUGAGGCGCAUAAGUUGGCUUUGAAAUUGAAUCCCUUUCUCUGGCAUUCGUUCGAAGAACUCUGUAACGUCGGCGAAAAGGUAGAUCCCGCUAAGAUUUUUCAGCUAGACAAAUUAGACUCUUUCACCAUGUGCCAUGGUACCGGCUCUACGCUCAACUAUGUUACCGAACCGGAUCUUAUCGUACCUGCAAGUAACACCAAUAGUACACCAAUGUCGAACGGCACUAACAUAACACCCAUAACGACAGCGCAGAUAAACGGCGGCCAGGUACCUCAGGUACGGUUGUGUUCCACUAUAGAGGAGACGCCGCAAAAUGCACCGAUUCACUACAGCAAUUGCUCCUCUAUAUCGCCGAGGACUAAGCUGUCGCGUUAUCGCAGCAUGUUCAGCAAUUCCAUGAGCCCGCUUUCUCCUAGCUUUGGUAUUUUUCCGUUGGAUAAUAAUACGCCUGAGCCAACGGUUCCACCCUCGCAUACGACUCUCACGGAGGCCAACAACCAGAAGAGCUUGGUGAAACGCGUCAGUAGUCUAAGAGCUCAUGUAGGGCAAUUAAUGUCGAGGAAAGAGACACCGUUGCAACAAAGCAAAUCGGUAUUUUCCCAGUCAGGUAAUAUGAGUAAUACUGCCAAUAUUGUGACAGUGACAGCGCCCAAUCCGACUUCACCUCCGUCACCAAUGUUUCAGAGCACCAAUGUUAGAUGGUCCUCGCGAAUAUUCAGCCAGAACUCCAUAAAGGAAAAUAAUAAAUCAUCUAAUAGGAAUAAAUUUGCAACUCCAAAGUUCCCGUCUCGGAAGACAAAAGCGAGAUUAGCCAAGGCAAAUUUAAAUAAAAUCAAUUUCAAUGAGUUAAACGAGAGAAAUAGAAAUGAAAAGGAGAAGAGUGAAACGAUCACGUCAGAGAAAGCUGUGGCUAAUGCAAACGCACUUAAUUCCCAAAGUAAUAUUCAUUCUGGGAUAACGUUACAAAAACAGUCGGCAGAGGGCUUAAUGUCUUUGUUGCGAGAAUUGGGGACGGCGUAUCAGCAUUUAAGUCAGUUCAAAUGUGCGCAGACGAUUGAAAUAUUAAGUAUACUGCCGACGCAGCACUAUAAUACAGGCUGGGUACUUUCUAUGUUGGCUCGUGCGCAUUUUGAAAUGAUGGAUUAUAAAAAAGCUGCUAGUUAUUUCGUCAAAGUGCGACAGUUAGAACCACAGAGGACAGAGCUGAUGGAGAUUUAUAGCACUGUUUUGUGGCAUCUGCACGCAGAAGUACAGUUGUCUACGCUUGCUCAAGAUUUGGUUUCCCAAGACCGUAAUUCGGCGGCGGCGUGGUGCGCCACGGGCAAUCUCUUCUCUGCGCAAACGGAACAUGAAACCGCGAUUAAGUUUUUCCAAAGAGCUAUUCAGGUGGAUCCUAAUUUUCCAUACGCCUAUACGUUACUAGGACACGAAUAUGUUUUGACUGAGGAACUAGAUAAAGCAAUUACUGCUUUCCGUAACGCCAUCAGACUUGACCCGAGACAUUAUAAUGCAUGGUUCGGACUAGGAACAAUAUUUUCGAAACAGGAGCAAUAUAGUUUAGCGGAGUUACACUUUAAACGGGCUUUACAAAUAAACCCGCAGAAUUCUGCGUUGAUGUGCCACAUAGGUGUCGUGCAACACGCUCUGAAGAAAAUUGACCAGGCGUUAAAAACUUUGAACACCGCGUUAAUUAACGAUCCGGAUAAUACUUUGUGCAAAUUCCAUCGCGCAAGCAUCAACUUCUCUAUUGGUCGACAUAUGGAAGCUCUAAGAGAAUUCGAGGAGCUGAAGAAUAUUAUACCUAAAGAAUCUCUAAUCUAUUAUUCAAUAGGAAAGGUGCAUAAAAAGUUAGGCAAUACUCAUCUUGCGUUAAUGUACUUUAGUUGGGCAACGGAUUUAGAUCCGAAAGGUGUUAAUAGUCAAAUUAAGGAAGCUAUAUUGAGUCCGGGUCAGGGAAAUGAUGAUAAACUCUCUAUAAGAUAUCAAUAAUUAUUAAGAGAAAUAAUUAUAUUACUUAUAGUAACUUCUUUUAUCUACUAUCUUUAUCUUCCAAAUCCAAACUACUCUCCAUACUCAUCAAACUACUCUAAUAUAAUACCCUCUAAUUGACAAUGACUAUGAUAAUAAAUGAUUAUAAAUAUCUUUUCUAUUUUUGACCCAUCAACUUCAACCUACCCCUCACUAAACUGAAUAAGAAUAAUUAUUAUAUUCUUUAUCAUACCAUUUCAAUUUUGAUUGAUCCCCUUACGUCUAACACUCCUUUGAAUAAAUUCUAUUAAUUUU